UUGUUAACGCUUCAAAGCUUACUUGAUGUCGAUCCCUAGAAGAAACAAGCGCAAGGAAAGAUGUUCGCCGGAACCGCAAACACAACCACCGUCGGAGAAUCCUUCUUCUUCUUCUUUGGCAGCUGAUAACAUGCCUCCUCCAUCGAUGCUAGCUUCCCUUUUACCGCCAGGUUAUCAGUUUGUACCAAGCGAUCAACAACUCAUCUUUUAUUACUUGAAACCCUACUUGGACGGCUACAAGAACGUAUUGCUCAAUGUUCCUAUUCAUCUCGUGAAUAUCUAUGAGUCGAAUCCAGAACAACUUUCAGUGGGAUUCGAGAAGGGUAAUGAGAAAGAAUGGUUUAUUAUAUCGGAGAGGAACAAAGUUGAUCAAGGUUUAAGCAAGAAAAAGAGAGUUGGUAAUGGUGCGACAAAGCAGAAACGUGGCGACACUAAAGGAGGAUAUUGGCACGCAACAGGGGCUGCCCAAGAGAUCAACACUGGAGAAGGUGUCGUUGGCUACAAAACGGCACUUGCAUACUUUGUUAGGACACGGUCAGGCAGCAUCAAAACGGAUUGGUUAAUGAUUGAAUAUUCGUUGCAUCACACUUGUCACAACAACGACAAGGAUUAUACUUUGUGCAAGAUCUAUAUGACUCCACAAGCUAUAAAGAAGACGAAAGAAGUUGAAGAAGAGAAUAAGAAGCAGAAGAAAGGAGAAGACGUUACAUGUGGAAGCAUUAAUGGAAGUAAAACUGCAAUUGCACAUGUGGAAGCAUUGGAACAGCAGCAGCCUCGUAAUGUCGAGUAUCAUCAACCGCAUCAAUUGCAAGGCCCGCUAGAUUCUUAUCAACCGCAGCCAGCUCAUGAUGUUGUGUAUCAACAAACGCAACAGUUUUCGCAAGCCCCCAUAGAUUCUUAUCAACAGCAGCCAUCUCAUGAUAUUGUGUAUCAACAACCGCAUACUCCGCUGCUUUUGCCAGAUCUUGUCUCUUUUGAAAGAUCAGGGAUGGCAAUGACGGGCUGGAGCAACGACAAGACAGGGAUGGCAAUGACGGGCUGGAGCAACGACAAGAGCACCCAAGAAGACUUGUUGGAUAUGUCUAAAGAUGACAGGUUCUUUAGCAUGGAUGAAUUAUUCAAUAAUGUGGAAGAACAUGGUACUGUCGUCACUCAACAGCAACAACAACAACAGCAGCAGCUAAGUACACCGAUUCUUGCUUCUGGGCAAGGUCAGGAUUCAGGAUCCGGGAUGGUGACGAGCAACGACAACAACUUUCAAGAAGACUACUGGUUGGAUAUAUGUAAUGGCGUGUACAUUGACAUCGAUGCAUUAUUGAAUGAUAAAAUCCAUCCGGUAAGAGACCCGGAAGCGCCACCACAUCCAACGGCUCCCCUUGUUCCACGUGGCUCCUCGAGAUCGGAAAACGGUGAUCCUACCAAAACGCAGCAAGCAGCACCGUUGGAUCCUCCGAGGAAGAAGAAAGGAUCAAGAAGUUGUUGGUGCAGAUGCGUGUGCUACACGCUUCUUGUCCUCUUUCUCCUUAUUGCUAUCGUUGGAGCGAUCGUUGGUAUACUUUACCUUGUCUUUAGACCGAAAUUACCGGAUUACAAUAUAGACCGGUUACAGCUCACCCGGUUUCAACUAAACCAAGACUUGAGUUUAUCUACCGCGUUUAACGUUACCAUCACCGCGAAAAAUCCCAACGAGAAAAUCGGAAUUUACUAUGAAGAUGGAAGCAGAAUUAGUGUCUUGUACAUGCAAACCAGACUCAGUAAUGGGUCAUUGCCGAAAUUCUACCAAGGACAUGAGAAUACGACUAUUAUAUCCGUAGAAAUGACUGGUUUUAAUCAGAAUGCAACAAGUAUAAUGACGACAUUGCAAGAGCAACAACGGUUAACAGGAAGCAUACCGUUGCGGAUUAGAGUUACCCAACCGGUUCGGAUCAAACUCGGGAAAUUAAAGUUGAUGGAAGUAAGAUUUUUGGUUAGGUGUGGUGUAUCCGUUGAUAGCUUAGCUGCUAAUAGUGUGAUUAGGGUUAGAAGUAGUAACUGCAAAUACAGGUUUAGACUAUAAUUUCAUUUCUUAUUCAUAAUUAUUUUAAUAUUUGUCACAUUUUUUAUUAUUACAAUAUGGAGGGGUUGAGUGUUGUAGUUCCCCCCAUCCACGGUCGUCUCCUUUAUUUUUUAAGAAAAAGCAAUUUUGUUU